UGGCUGCGGCAGGUUGGGGGCGGGGCCGGCUCCAGUGCAGAUUCCUGAUUCCUGAGCUGCGAGUUUUUGCUCCGAGUUUCCAGCAGGAGGAUCAGCAGCGGCAGAAGCAGCGCAGAGAACCACCCAGACCCAGCCAGAACUGCAAGAAAACACGAUGUUCCGGAGGGGGCUGCUGCUCGCCGCGCUGGCUGUAGUUUACUGUCAGGCUGAGGAAUCACAGAGCAAGUCAAAGGUGUGUGCUAAUGUGUUCUGUGGAGCAGGGAGAGAGUGUUCAGUCACUGAGAAAGGAGAGCCCAGCUGCUUGUGUAUUGAGCAAUGUAAGCCUCACAAGCGCUCAGUGUGUGGCAGUAACGGAAAGACGUACAGAAACCACUGUGAGCUGCACAGAGACGCCUGCCUUACUGGUCUGAAGAUCCAGGUGGCUCAUGAUGGGCACUGCAGAGAGAGGAAAACAGAGAAAGCCGCUGCCAGUCCAGUGGUUUGCUAUGUGGCUGAUCGUAAUGAACUGCGUAGGCGUGUGAUUGAGUGGCUGCAGACUGAGGUGGUGCCAGACGGCUGGUUCACUAAGGGCUCCAACUUCACCGACAUCCUGCUGAAGUACUUUAAGAACUACGAUAACGGCGACUCUCAGAUGGACUCCACUGAACUGCUCCACUUCAUCCAGCACAACGAGUCAGCGGUGGAGCUGAGCUCAUACGCAGAGGAGGAGAACAACCGCCUGCUUAGGAGCCUGUGUGUCGAUGCUCUGAUUGAGCUUUCAGACCAGAACUCGGACUGGAAGCUGAGCUUUGAUGAGUUCCUCAACUGCCUGCGCCCAGGAUUCAACCCCCCAGAGAAGAAGUGUGCUUUGGAAGACGAGACCUAUGAAGACGGAGCAGAAACGCAGGUGGAGUGUAACCGCUGUGUCUGUGCAUGUGGCAACUGGGUCUGCACAGCCAUGACCUGCGACGAGAAAAGUCCAGCACCUGAGGCAGCUACUGGUGAUGAGGAGAUGACCGAGGAAGAGUGGAGCCGUCGUGUGGCCGAACUCAACAAACAUCAGGAGACAGUGGAGAAGAUGAAGUCCAGCACAAAGGAAGUUUAAAGUCCAGGCAAACGAGAGUGAAGAGGGGUGAGAAGGAAGAAGGAGAGACAGAGGGGAUGAGUUUCCUCUCCUACUGACCACAAUCAGGACUCCUGAGAUGACGUACUGUUGCUGGGAGAACCACACCAUUUUAUUGUUUUAUCUCUAUGAAUAUAGUCUGUUUAUCUAUUAUUAUUAUUCUCUUUCUGUAUAACGUCGUUAUAAUCGAUUUUUCAGUCGAUGUUUGUUAGAUCGCAGUUGUAGCCCAAUUCUACUUUUAGCCUAAUAAUGUCUGAUAAUGUUUUGUACGUCUGCGUAUCACCAAGUGCUGUACUUUUUGUUUUGUUGUAUCACUCUAAGCCUUGCCUAAGAGGCCCCAGCACUUUAUAUAGGGGCUAUUUUGUACGCUGUUGUUAUUUUUUUAUGUACUGUAUUAUGAUUUUUUUUACCAUGUAUUUGUCUAUUAGAUUUAGGUUUUGUAUACAUGUUGCUUUUGAUUGAGACAAUGGCAGUUAGAUGGAGAAGAAGUGUGAUGGAGGGAGAAUGAAUCCAUAAGAUCAGCUGUGAUGACAUGCCCUACAUUUUUCAGGGUAUUAAAAAAAACACGUUUCAUGUCUCCUUCACACUCUCUCUCUCUCUCCACAGAGACAAGGCAGUCAUAGUCUUGAGACCUUUCGAAAAGGUGCUAAUACGUAUUCUUCUGUUUGCAGUAUUGCCCUCUUGCAUGCGUACUUCUAGAUUACUUCUAGUUUGCGUAGUAGUAGUAGAAGUAGUAGAUAGCUUAUAGUGCUAAAGCAGAGACCCAGAAGACUCAGGCAUUGGGAGAACUGUGGUAUGGUCAGAAUUUUGGAUGACAUGCUACAUACCCAAAAUUAUCCAGACGCCUCUUCUAAUUAGCAGAUUCAGUUACUGCAUGGUGCAACCAUUGCUGAAAAUGGAAUGCUUUGGAACAGCACAAAUGCUUAAGGUCACCACACACACAAUCUUAAGUACUGGCUAGAGGAGUGUAAACCUGCUAACAAUGGAUUGUAGAGAGCAGUCAAAGUAUGAUCUUUGGAAUGGCAAAGCACCACCUUCACCUUUGGGAUGAGUUGGACUGACGAAUCGUUACUGAACACCUCUGGGAUGAGUUGGACUGACAAAUUAAUACUGAACACCUUUGGGAUGGAUGAGUUGGAGUGACAAAUCUCUGUUGACCACCUUUGCGAUGAGUUGGACUGACAAAUCUCUACUAAACACCUUUGGGAUGAGUUGGACUAACAAAUCACUACUGAACAACUUUUUGAUGAGUUGGACUGACAAAUUUCUACUAAACACCUUUGGGAUGAGUUGGACUAACAAAUCACUACUGAACAACUUUUGGAUGAGUUGGACUGACAAAUCUCUACUAAACACCUUUGGAAUGCUUAAGUUGGAGUGAAGAAUAUCUACUAACCACUUGGAUGAGUUGUAGCAAUGAAUAUUUGAGUCACAAAGCUCUGUUAUACACUUUUUGGUAGAAGUUUGAGUAAAGAAAUUCAUGAAAACACAUUUGAGAUGAGUUGUAACAAUAAGUCAUGAAGCUCUGUUGAAUGCUUUUGGGAUGAGUUGGAGUCAUAAACCUUGGUGGAACUUUUUUGGGAUGAUGAUUUGAAAUUAUGCUAUAAAACAUAAAUGCCAUUGGGAUGAGUUGAACCAAUCAAGCUCUAUUAAAAACUGAUAAGAUAAGAUGGAGUUAUGAAGUUCUGCUAAACACCUUUGUGAUGAGAUGGAUUAUUAAAGUCCUGGGAUGAGUUGAGCCAAUGAAACUUGGAGUCAUGAAGCUCUAUUGAUAAGUGUUGGGAUAAAAUGGAGUUAUGAAGCUCUGAUGAACAUCUUUGGGAUUGACUGUAUCUAUUAAGCCUAUUGCUGACUCUUAAUCUUUGUGAUAGAGCGUCUGGAUCAUUUUGAUUAUGUAAUUCUGCUUUGAUAAGAUUGCUUCCUUCAGGUCGCCUGUGAACAGCCUGUGGUUUGACCAGACAGAGCAUUCUGUUCCUUUUAUCUCUAUUCAGACAGGAACGCUUUCUAGGAACAGAUCAGAUGCUUCUGUGUUGGACCUGCUUCUCCUGCCUGUAAUUUAGUUGCUUUAUGUAGGAAUAGUCAGUGUUGCAGCUCUAUUGCUGUGCUCAUUUCUGUUAGAAUUGGCUCAUUUUGGGAUUAUGAAUAUGAUUAAAAGCUACAUGAACCAUCUUAGUGAAAGACAGAAAUCUGAGCACUGCUGAAUUAUGACCAGUGUUAAUGUGUCCAAUUUUUUCAUUCUGCGAGCGUUUGAUGGCACUGAACGGGAUGAGCAUAAGCAGGGUCGCCUGAAACCAAAGCAUGAUGUUUAGGUUGUUUAAAUGUUUUACAAAACCUCCAGGUAAACCACUACUCUGGACCCAGCAACAACACUAUACCUUUUAUUUCAAAGAGCGGUCAGAAUAAGGAUUAGAAUCGCUGUCACCUCUUUAGCUUCGAUGCAUUCUUGCUGAGUGUGUGUGUACCUGCAAAUGUAUAUGUGUGUGUAUGUGUAAGAGAGAGUGGAUAUAAGAGUGUGUUAGCUUUUUUCCUUCAUUUUCCACUAAAUUCCACUAAUAUUAAGGAUCUUUUGUGGUAACGAGUGCCUUAAAUAUAUAUAUCCUUAGCGCCACAGGUAGAAUGGCCUUCUCAUAUCUAACUCUAACCAUCUGUUGUAGGAGUCCAUGAGGAACUUUGCAGUAUUAUGAUAGUUAUGCAGAAGUUAUGCAGUGAGUGACUGCAAUUUGUCAUUUCACACCAACUACACUCUUAAAAAUGAAGCUUCGAAAGAUUCUUUGAGUUGUGCCAAAGAAGAACCAUAAUUGGGUAAAUGGUUAAAAAGCAUAAAAAGUAUUUUACAGUAAAAAAAAAUCCAGAAGCAAUUCAAGCCUGUUAGUUCAUUUGAUGAACUACAUUGAUUGUUUUGCUGUAUUUGUUUAAAUGUACUAUUUGAAGCACCUUUAUUUUGAAGAGUGUAAGACAAUUCAUCCAUUCCAGUGUAAAGUCUUGUUUAACUUGAUUUAAGUUUACUUGUAUUAAGACUUUUGGCUCUGUACUGAACAUCAAUAAAGAAUUGUUCCACUA